CAGGCCGCGUCGCGAGCGUUCCACGUCUAUCUAAAUCGCCGCGUACAGUCAGCGCGCGUGUCGGCUGCAGCGCGUCUUUUACGCGCUCGCUCGCUCGCGGGAUUCGCGCUAUGUACUGGAGGCCGAAGUUGUGAAUUUGAUUUUUUUAUACCUACUCCCUUGGAAACUCGAGGUUCGCUUGGUUUUGCUUUUCCUUUUUUGGAUCGAGGAGGUUUUGAAAAAUCGCGCGCGCGCGCGCGCGAAAUUUGAAUUUCGGCCAGGCGGUAUAAUACGCGCUUGUUGUGCUGUUUGUGAAUUGGAAGACGAGCAGCUGUUGUUGUUGGGGUAGUGGAUAUGGACUGUUGAUGGAUUUCCCGCUGGUGCUCGAGUGUUGGUGUGGAUUUGGCUGUUGUCUUUGAUAGGAUCGAGUUUUUAGGACCGUCGCAAGUUUUAUUGUCUUGGCCGACUGUCGCUUUCGCUGUGUAAGCUAAUUUCAGUGCAGUGUUGUGCAAGCGAAACUGGACUUUGACAAUAUUUUCACGGUUCGAUCACGAUAUCGCGCCGAUUAAGCUUUCGACCGCGGAAUUAAAUCCAGAGAAAGUUUCUAGUUUUACGCGAAAGAUUCAAACUAUAACGUGUUAUUAUAACGUCAAAGUCGAUGUAUUCCGCAGUUUUACGCAACAGUCGCGGCAGCAUCUAACUUUACAGCGCCAGUUUUAGAAUUCAGUUCAGUUGCUUGUUAAGAGCAAAACUGGCAUUGCACUGUCAAGCGUCGUGCCCUACAAUCUACAAACGUUUGUCAUUCCCUUUACCGCGACGAAUAAAAUGUUUCACUUCGGAGUUUGAUACGCGCGUGCAUUCAACAGAGCCUGCUCGUUAAAUUCUUUUCAAUAAAAAGCCAACUCCACAAAUUGAAAUUUGUCAGGAGGCAUCACAGCAGCAGUAGUACUUGAUAGUUUGCGGUAUAACGAGUCGAAACGGCCGAGUCUCGUUCAACAGUUCUUAAAAGUUUCAAAAAUAGAUUUACGCGCUACGGCAUCGCAGCCAUUAAGUUUUUAUCGCGCGAGCGCUCGAAUUUUUAAAUAGAAUCUCGACGAUAAGAUCGAUUCUCGCAGCGCCAAAUCCACAGCUUCGCUCGAAAAAUCCAGCUCCGCGAAUAAUCCCUCUCUAUUCUAAUGUACAACACAGAGUGCGCGCGCUGAGAAGGAACAGAGAGUGAAAAUAAGAGCAGAGGAUUCGGCAAAGAGGUGACUAGAGACGCGCACCGAGGACGGUGACAACGAGGAAGGAGCCGAGAGGACGGUUGCGAGCAGCGUAAAGUAGUUCGAGCGCGCGGAGGAGAGGUGGAAAGAAGCCCGGAAGCUGAGCAAGACAGGCUCGACCCUUUCCUCUGGAGGCACUCAGAAGGCACUCAAGAUCCAUCGCUGCCAGGAGAUGCCGACAAAUCAAGUACCAAGGUCAACAGGGUCAUGACAAAAAUAUACCGGAGAUCGGUGAGUACAGAGAGCGCGGGCGAAGAUGAGGAUCAGUUUGCCAGGGGCUCGGGAUCCCCUGGUGGCGGAAGCGCCGACGAAGGAAGUGCCGAACCCUCGGCGUCAGCCACAGCAGCGGGAGUCGCGUCGAACCAGUCAACAGUCGCUGUGAGGAUGGCGGAGAAUAGGCGGCCCCGGGGCUUCUUGGCGGGGCCCGCGCGGCAUCCGCCGCCGCCCCUGCCCUUGCAGCACACCCACGUUAACUUCGAUCCGGAGGCGCCGCCCACGCCCACCUCGAAUCAGCCCCUGCACGGCGGUGGACCCGGACUGCUGCAUCCACAGGCCUAUCCGCAGAUGAGUCUGCUCGAGAAGCCCGAGAUCGACAAGAAGGUCAAGAGGCACAGCAUCCACGGCAUGAUGGAGGACGAGAAUGUGAUAAGGCCGCACCAGGAGAUGAUCAGACUCUCGACGGACGACAGGAAGUUCCUGCUGGCUGUGGAGCGGGGAGACGUUGCCGGCGUGAGGAAGAUACUGACGGAGAACAAGGAGAAGAUAAACAUCAACUGCGUCGAUCCGCUGGGCAGGUCGGCCCUCCUGAUGGCCAUCGAUAACGAGAACCUGGAGAUGGUCGAGCUGCUGAUCAACUACAAGGUCGACACGAAGGAUGCCCUGCUGCACGCCAUAUCCGAGGAGUUCGUCGAGGCCGUGGAAAGGCUGCUCGACCACGAGGAGGAAUUCCACCGCAACGGCGAGCCCCAUGUAAGCAGCUCUGUGUCGUCAGCUUGCCAUAUGCCUAGCUGGGAGGCACUGCCGCCAGACACGGCGACUUUCACGCCGGACAUCACGCCCCUCAUCCUCUCGGCGCAUCGGGACAACUUCGAAAUCACGAAAAUCCUGCUGGAUCGAGGCUCCACACUGCCCAUGCCUCACGAUGUUCGAUGCGGGUGCGACGAGUGCGUGACGUCGAGGCUCGAGGACUCGCUACGGCACUCGAGGAGCCGCAUCAAUGCUUACAGGGCGCUGGCCUCGCCCUCUCUCAUCGCCCUGUCAUCCAAGGACCCUAUACUCACGGCGUUCGAGCUCUCCUGGGAGCUAAGACGGCUCUCCUUCCUCGAGCACGAGUUCAAGUGCGAGUACCAGGAACUUCGAAGACAAUGCCAGGAUUUCGCCACUGCCCUGCUGGACCACACGCGAAGCUCGUACGAGCUGGAGGUGCUGCUGAAUCACGACCCGACCGGACCGGCCUUCGAACACGGCGAGCGCAUGCACCUCAAUCGACUUAAGCUUGCGGUCAAGCUCCGACAAAAAAAGUUCGUGGCGCAUCCAAACGUCCAGCAACUGCUAGCGUCGAUCUGGUACGAGGGUUUGCCGGGCUUCCGGCGCAAGAACAUGGUGCUGCAGGCCCUGGAGAUCGUGCGUAUCGGAAUACUGUUUCCGUUCUUCAGCGUGGCCUACAUCAUAGCGCCCCACAGCGUCAUCGGGCAGACCAUGAGGAAGCCCUUCAUCAAGUUCAUCUGCCACUCGGCGUCCUACUUCACUUUUCUCUUUAUGUUAAUACUGGCGAGCCAAAGGAUAGAAAGCGUGAUUGGCGUCUGGACUGGGCGAGACAUUUCGGAGCACGAGAUCGAGCCCACGAAGAGAGGCGCCGCGCCAACUUUGGUGGAAUGGUUCAUACUGGCAUGGGUGUCGGGUCUGAUCUGGUCGGAGGUAAAGCAGCUGUGGGACGUGGGUCUCGAGGAGUACGUGAACGACAUGUGGAACGUGAUCGACUUCGUGACGAAUUCGCUGUACGUGGCGACGGUGGCGCUAAGGGUGGUAGCCUACUACAGGGUGCAAAAGGAGAACGAGGGCUCGGACAUUAUAGUCGACCUGCAGCGCGAGCAGUGGGACACCUGGGAUCCGAUGCUCAUCUCCGAGGGUCUCUUUUCCGCCGCUAAUAUAUUCAGCUCGUUGAAACUGGUCUACAUUUUCUCCGUAAACCCUCACCUCGGACCACUGCAAGUCUCGCUCUCGAGGAUGGUGAUGGACAUCAUGAAGUUCUUCUUCUUGUAUGUCCUCGUACUCUUCGCCUUUUCCUGCGGUCUGAAUCAACUGUUGUGGUACUACGCCGAUAUGGAGAAGAAGAGGUGUCCGACGGCCAUGCCCCAUCUGCCGCCCAACGCCAACAUAACGCAGGAUCCGAACGCGUGCAUCGUCUGGCGGAGAUUUGCCAAUCUCUUCGAAACGACGCAAACGCUUUUCUGGGCGGUUUUCGGCCUAGUGGAUCUCGAGAGCUUCGAACUGGACGGCAUCAAAGUGUUCACGAGGUUCUGGGGUAUGCUGAUGUUCGGCACGUAUUCCGUCAUCAACAUCGUCGUCCUUCUGAACCUCCUCAUCGCCAUGAUGAAUCAUUCCUACCAGCUGAUAUCCGAGCGAGCCGAUAUCGAGUGGAAGUUCGCGCGCAGCAAGCUCUGGAUCAGCUACUUCGAGGAGGGCGGCACCGUCCCGCCGCCCUUCAACAUCAUCCCUACGCCGAAAAGCAUCUGGUACAUCACCCAGUGGAUCUACCGAAAGCUCUGCGGCCACAGUCGCGCUGCCAAAAAGGAACACAUGCGCACCAUACGGAGAAAGGUAAAACAGGCCUCGGAACGGGACGACCGGUAUCGGGCUAUAAUGAAGAACCUGGUGCGUCGCUACGUGACGGUGGAGCAGCGUAAGACCGAGAACGAGGGGGUGACAGAGGACGACGUGAACGAGAUUAAGCAGGACAUCAGCGCGUUCCGCUGCGAGCUCAUCAACAUCCUGCAGAAGUCGGGAAUGGCAACGGAGCACACCUCCGGAACGGGUACCGACGGUAGCGUGAAAGAGUUAUCCGUAGGUGUGGGCGGCAAGAAAAAUCGUCAGAAGGAGCGUCGGCUGAUGAAGGGCUUAGGAGGCCUGGACGGGCCCCUCGGGCCCCAGCCGAGCGGUAGCGGACCCCUGCCCCCAGUCGCCGAGGCCACUGCCAGUCUUCGCGACCACCAGCACCAGACUUCCGGUCACCAUCCCCACGACAUCUUCAGCAGCACGCUGAGCGGCAUCUUCAGGCCCGGGACGACGCCCAAGAGGAACCCCCACCACACGAGCACCAACAGCGUGCCGGGGCUGGCCUCGUGUCAGCGCCAGUCCAGAGACUCGAGAGGCAGCUCGAGGAAGCGCAGAUGGGGCACGCUCAUCGAGGCGGCCAAGGCUGGACGGGUUUCCAGACUCAUUGGUGAGGAUCGCAGUGGUCGCUCUCGUUCGCAAGACUCGGUCUACUCCCCGGCCUCGGAGGACGGCGAGUCUCGCUCGGACGGCUCAUCGGACUCCAAGUCCUCGCUAGACGUGCCCUCCCAAGACUCGCACCCCCACCACCCGCACCACCAGAGCCACCACCCGCAUUCCUCCCACCACCACCAGCAACAUCAGCACCACCACCAGCAUCAGCAGCAUCAUCAUCAUCAUCAGCAGCAGCAGCAGCAGCAGCAGCAACAAGCCGCUCCGUCGCAGCCCGCCCAGCACGAGAGUCACCACGUGUUCAGCUACGCGCUGGGUCCAGCCCUGGCCGCCCUGCGCAGGAAGCGCAAAAAGUUCUCGGCCUCGCGAGCCUCGACCCCGGCCAUGACCAUGUCCAGCGGCAACAACAGCGCCUGCACCUCGAGCACCCUCGAGAGCGUCAUGCAGCCGAUCGCCUCGGCCCUGGUCUCGCGCGUCAGCAAGAAGCAGCUGCAGCGCGCCAGCAGCGUGCCCACGCGCAGCCCCGAGCUCGCGCUCCACCAGGUCGUCGCGCCGCCCCGCAGGCACGAGACCACCCAGAGCCAGCAGCCCAGCCUCGACGACACGCCCAGCAGCAACAACGGAUCCAAGGAGCAAGUGUUGUAAGGGUAAGAGAGAGGAGAGGUGUGCGUACAAUGCCGACACUCACAAAAAUCUCGGGCCUCGAAUUCCGCUUCAAAAUUCACUUGGACCAAGGAAAUUCGUCUUCUUCUUCUUCUUCUUCCUCCUCCGCUACUUCUUCUUCUUCUUCUUCCGCGCUAUAGACGUCGUCUCUGAUCUGGAAGAGUUUAGCGAUAACGUAUACAGUAGACUCUUGCUAAGAAGCGUGUAUAAUAACGCGCGUGCGGCUGCGUCCGCGCCACUGCGUACCGUCGGACUCAAAAUUAUACGACCAAGAGAUAUGCUUGACCGAGAGAGGCAUGCGAUGACCCUGGCUACGCGCUCAAUUGGCUAUAUACGUACUUACAAAAGUUAAAGCAAAAUUAUCACUUGGAAGAGCUGUCGUCGGAGAAACUGUCGCCGAUUGUACGCCUGCGUUUGUUGUGCUCGCCGCAUCCGUCUCGCUGUACGAUAUGCGAUAUAACAAUCUGCUUUUUCUGCAUGGAGGAGAUUAACAAUGGCUGCUUCUGCAAUAGUGAGUCUCUCAAUAUCUUUCUUUCUUUCUCUCUCUCUCUCUCUCUCUCUCUCUCUCUCUCUCUCUCUCUCUCUCUCUCUCUCAAUUCUGCGUGACUAUACUUUAUACUUAUUUUUUGGCUUAUACCUUUGUUGAGCUGUAGGCUUUUAGAUAUAGACUGUUAUGAUGUAGAAUAGAGAGACUGGCCAUUGUAAAUACAUACGAAUACGUAGACAAUAAUAAUGGCGCUGACAUUAACGAGGAUCAUAUCGAGCUUGCGGCGCAUGUAAAAUACGGCCUCUGAUUUGGCUUCCCAAUAGUUUUGCUACCAUAUCUCUAACUUUUAAAGCUUGAUACAUAUGUCCUUUGACAGAAAAAAUACAGUGAGGGAAACGACGUAUCUUCAGUUAUCCAUUUUGUCAUAUCCCUCGCUAGAACCAAUGUCAAGAGCAAGCAUCGACACUAACAACUCGAUCUAUUGUAGAACCAGCCUAUAUAAACGCAACACAAUAUAACCACCACCAGUGUACAGACUAACCAUGUGUGUAUAACUUAGCGAGACUCUACUGUAGGUCUAGAACCCCUCGUUCUGUCUUUAAACUCCCCCCAAUUCGACGAGGAAUGAGUGACAUUUUUGUGAGUGUCAGAGUCAAUCCUGCGCAGGAUACUCAAGAGCGAGAGAUUGAGAGAUGUGCCUAGAGAGACUGCAUGUGUCAUUCGGAGCCUCCAAAGUCGCGCGGACGCGUGGCACACUAGAGUCUACGAAAACGUAUUGCAGGUGGCGUGACAGCGUCGGCAGCGGCAGUAGCGGCGAUGACCAGCUCAGCGGUCGAUCUGACCCCCUCCACCACCGAGGAAAGCGUCCUGAGCGCCAGCACCGCCAUCGUCACGGCGGUCAAGCGCAACGGAUCGGCUGGCCAACAGCAGCAGCAACAGCAACAGCAGCAGAAGCUACCACCUGGUAUCGAGCCCAUUAGCGGACACGACGGCACAGCCUCGACCGGUUGGCUCUGAGCAGCAGCAGUGAUCCCAUCACAUUCUUCCAUUACUUCUCCCAAUACUUCUUCUUCUUCUUCUUCCGCUGAUACUUCGUCUCGCUCUGUUGACUAUCGUCGAAUCGAGCCAACAACACUACGCACAAUGAUGCCUUGUCUUCGGCCUGACAUUUAUCACAUAGCUCGAGGAUUCGGGAGGAAUGUCGAAAUUUUUACCGCGAUUUUUGUCGACGACUCGCGCGCGUGUUUUACCGAUCCCCUUUUUUUUACCGAUGGAGGUUCUUGCAUGCGAGAAUAAUCUUAUACCGAUAGAUUUUUUUUUCCGGCGAUCCCAUACUUGAGCAUGGUUCAGUUUAGUUACAUAUCCUCUUUGUACAGAGUAAUCUCCUCCGUUCAGAAACUGUUGGGUGCAGCAUCGUGAGAAGUCGCCAAAGUGAUUUCGCAUCCGUGGCCAUUGGUGUAUUGGCAAUUCGAGUUCAUUGUUACAUUUGACAAAAAAAAUUGUGAAUUUUUAACGAUCGUUAUAUUUGAUUGUUGGAGAAUUGUGAAGACAUCGCGAGAAAUCACUUUCGCGGCUCCUCGAAAUCAAGAAUCGCGCACAAGUGUAAGCCGACGAUGAAGCAAAUAACGAAAAAUAAUCGACUAAAUUUGUAAGUACACCGCCACUACUGCCAAACUGGAAGUGCCACGGGUCAAAACGUAAAAAUAUUAUGCCUGCGCGGCAGCAUAUAACUCAACCAUUGUUGACAUGUCAACCCUCGUAUGCACGGCUUAUUGGAAAAAAAAUUGUAAUGGAUGACAAAUAUAAAUAUGAGUUUCUGGGAUCUAUACGAGAAGCAAUACGGUCUCCUAUAUUUCUGCGCGAAACUUGUGAUUGUAGAUGUAUAUUCAUGUUUUCAGAUAGCCGGAAAAUUUGAAUUUUUUUGAUAAGCUAUGAUAGACCGUUGACGUACCAAGGGCGGAAAGAACUAUGGCGAUACCACGUACUGUUGUAAUUCUAAUAUUAAUGCAUAUAACCAACUUAACGUUAAGCAGUUAAACGAGAAUUAGUUUGUUCGAAUCAAAGAUACAUAUUUCACGUCGUCGAUAUAUCGUCGUUUAAGGAUGAAGUCAAAACCAAAGAAAAUAUAUAUAUCUAGUCAUCGGUCAAUUUUCCAAGUCUUGAAACUAAAAUUCAUAAAAGAAUGUAACUGAUUAACGUGUCGUCGGGAAAAGUAAUAGACAUUAUUGUGAUAUAAAAGUUGUACAUGAAUUCUGCGUUGCGUAGAAUUAUCGUUUUUCUUUUCAAUGAUAUUUUUUAAUAAAAAAAAACGUGUCUAGUCAUAUUGUGCACCAAGAACUUUUCCUUUGUAUACCGAUGUAGCUCAAGACUUUCAUAUCUCAUAUUGAGAAGGGAAAUUGACCCAAUUUUUCAAGAUGAAACAAAUACAAAAAGAAUAAGAGAAAAAAGGGAAAUAAAUUUACAAAAUAUGAAAAAAAAAUCAUACUUUUUGCAGUUUUAAGUAAGGAAUAAACUUUGUCUACGAAUAAUCGUUACAAGUCGUAGCUAUCGAUCGUAACAUCCGAAUUAACGUGUCACACACUUUUAUUACGUUUUUAAUGGCUUUCGAGAGCAUUUCUAUAGUUCGAUCUCGUGUAAUACUAAAUUAAACUGAUUAAAUUUGUCGAUGAUUAAACGAAGAAGAACGACAGGCGGAGAAACUCUUAUUCGUGUUAAGUAUAAUACGAAGACAAAGAUUAAGUUUAUCGAGAAGAACACUAUAUAUGAUGACCAAAAUAAGAGAGAGAGAAGGAAACCCGAGUGUUUCGACUUAUAUAUAAAUAUGUUCAAGCGAUGUCUUUGUCGCGGGAAAAAUUCACUCCUCGACUGUACUCGUGGAUGAGACAUUUUUCCAGCGGCACGAGACAUCGCCUUAGAAAGAAAGAGAUGGCUUCGUAUAACUCGUAGAUAUUAUACAUGUAAUUAUUGCAUACGAAUGAGUAAAAGUGAUAAAUAGUUAUGGGUUAAAAUAAUGCCGUACGUGUCUCGUAUAUUAUUGAGGCGCGAGAUUUAGCUGUUUGUAUGAGAUUACAAAGUUGAGGGUGACAUUGUAGACGACCAGUCAAAUUUUCUAGUCUGAUUGUCAGCCUACUACCAAAAGCGAAGUAAAAAUGAGAGAUUACUAUUGAUUUAUGAAACAUCAGCUUUAUUCAACCAUGUGAAUACAUCGACGGUUAAGAGUAUAGAUACCGGUUUAAGUUGCGCGAGAAAAGUUGAAUGGGCCGUCUACAAUCAUCAGUCUGAUGCAGAACCUCUGCUUGAACGAUUGUACAAAAGAGAAAAGAAGGUCCUCGAUCGACGUUGCGAAAGUGGAAACCGUCGGACGUGAAACGUCUUGCGAGCAAAAGUAUAGAACGUAUUAUUUAUUUUCUCUCUGAAAAGACAUUUACUUACGUUUAAUUUUAGCUUUAUUCCUUGCGUAUGUACAUUUAAGGCUACAUACAACUCACGAAAGACGUGAGCAACUACAUACCGUGCGCACCAUUUACAUUAUUUUCCGCUGUAACGAUUUCGUGUCGAUGAGAGAGGAUGAACACUUUUUUAAGCCCGUCUGCACAUUUUUAUAACGAAAUCCAAAACUUCCUCGGUUUUCACGUCUUUCAAGUGUUUGCGUUUAGCGUAUAAUUGUAAGAACGACGAAAGGAGAUGUUUAUCGUCGAUUAACUGAACUUCUGCAGAUACGAUUGUGUUAUAAGAAUGAGGGAUAUAUAGAUAAAUUCGUGUUGAUCGCGAUUUUGGGCGCCAAAGGCAGUGUAGAGAGAUGCAAAACUCUCGGUCGCUGUGCCGACGAGAGUUUGAAUUUCGCCGUUUUACGAUUCAUUGUAAAGUAUAUUUACGUGCGCAAUUUGUACACAUAACACUACAAUCUUCCAUGCGAGCGUGAAAGAUGUAUAAUUAAUUUAUCGCCAGAGAAUACGGGAUCGACAGUCGAGAGGAACUGGAGUUAAUGUGAAAUGACGACGUUGGAAAGUUGCGCUUUCUCAUUACACACUGAUGUCUCUUACACGUACUUACACUUACAUACGAAAAUGGAAAUCGACACUUUAGAUGAAACAUUGAACGAACGGAACUUUUAGCGACGAAAGAUUGUUGGUAAAAAAAAUGACCAUUAAUAAAGCCCCGUAUAUUCUGAUA